AUGCCUAUUGAGACACCAAAAGAGACCGUGAUAAAAGUUGUCUUUGUGGGGGAGCCAAACAGUGGGAAGUCUGAGAUCAUCAAGAAGCAUCUUAAGCUUGACCACAUUGCGAAACCAACGGUCUUUGACACCUACAGAAUCAGACACGGUGACAGCAACACCUUUAUGAACAUCUGCGACACGAAUGGAUCAGAGGAGCUUGCUCGCCUCGUCAAAAUGAGCUAUUUGGAUGCAGAUGUCUUUGUUUUGUGUAUUGAAUGCGUCAAUGCAAAGGACAAUCUCCAUUUCCAGCAGUUGAUGAAGGAGCUCAGGCGACCAAACAAGCCAAUCAUUCUGGCCGUGACAAAGUGCGACAAGACCGUGAGAGGCAGGGACGAGCAGAGUGGGGAGGUUGUGACAAGUGACAUGGUCACCAGCAACCUGGAAUUGGUGCGAAACAACGCCCACGAAAUGGUGAACAAGCAGAAGCUGACUUCGUACGUGUUGGUCAGCAAUAAGAGAGCAAAGAGUGUUCAGGCCCUCUUCGACGAGGUCGUACGCGUCUACUUUGAUGAGGUCGUCAACCGUGGCGUAGAGCGAAGCUGCUGUGGUUGCUGCUGA